AUGAAUAUCAUACUAUGGAAUUGCCGGGGGGCGAAUAAACCUAACUUUUGGAGAUCAAUCCGUUAUUUGUUGAAGAAAUUUCUUGCGGAUGUUCUAGCUGUUUUCGAAACGCAUGCCGGCGGAGAUAGAGCGGGGAGAAUUUGUCGAGGACUGGGAUUCGAAAAUUCUUUCCGUGUAGACGCAGUUGGCCAAAGUGGUGGAUUGUGGUUGCUCUGGAGAGAGGGAAUAGGGGAUUUGGUGGUGGUGAAGUCGACGGAUCAGUUCAUUUACGCAACGGUGGCAAAUGGAGAAGAGAUGUUUCACUUGAUAGUAGUGUAUGCGGCUCCGUCUGUUAGCCGUAGAAGUGGAUUAUGGGAUCAACUCAGGGAAGUCGUUGGUGAUGUUGAUGGUCCCUUAGUCAUUGGUGGAGAUUUCAAUACAAUUGUUCGAGUGGAUGAGCGAGUGGGGGGUAGCGGGAGAUUGUCGAUGGAUUCAGUAGCUUUUGGAGAAUGGAUCCAAGAUCUCUCCCUGAUUGAUAUGGGUUUUAGCGGCAACCAGUACACUUGGCGAAGAGGCAGAGUGGAAUCUACUUUCGUUGCUAAGCGGCUUGACCGUGUUCUAUGUUGUGCACAUGCUCGCUAG